AGCUCUGCUCUUCUUCAGACAUGGUGAAGUUAACUUGAUCAUGAUGGUAUCAGAGCGGUUGCUGUUUGCCUUUUCUCCCAUCCUAAAUUUCCUGUCGUUGACACAAUGCACAACUCCAUGUCAUCGGCAGAAUGCACCUUCCUCCUCUACGGUUUGCACCGGUGAGGAGUUUCUAACAAGAUCAUCCCAAACAGGGGGACUAUCAGUGGAAAUUUCUCAUCGAACAGUGUAGAAAUUUCCAUUAUUUGUCGUGCCCGAGGAUGUUGAUAAGAUGUUGACACAUGACAAGGUUUCUCAUCCUCGAGGUCUGACUCCAGGAACGGUCUCAGGCUCCCAGCUCUGCAAGUUGCCACUGCCACCUUCUUUGCACUGAUGGUGUACAAGAUAAGCAUGGCACGAGAGGAACAGGGAGAUCGGCUGUGGGGUUUGCCUGCAAGUUGCCAUGUUCAUUGUCCCGUGAACAGUGCACAGGUUUGGCCGGCGAGAUCAACUGUUCAUGCCGAGGGAGUUGGGAACUUGAGGCCACACACAUCGGCACAUGAACAAGAACAGGGCACAUGUGAUGGCUAGAUUUAGCAGGAGGACUACUGACAGGUCCAAGUUGGGAAUGUCCACAGUGCAUGACCCUUCCACGGUUUACUCGCUCCUAAGGUCUGGAUGGGUUCAUAUCAAGGAGUAGGUUUGCUAUCGAGCUCGUGAUAAGAAAAGGCCUCACAAGUAAGAGAGGAAAACAUGGGCUAUCUGGCCAACAAGAAUGGGUGCAGAAGAGAGAUAAUAUAUAAAAGAAAAGAUGUCGGAGGAGAUCAAGGACGAUAUGAGACAACAUGCUAACAAGUUGGGGAGGGUCUUUCCACUGUCGCUGGUGGAGCUCAUGCAGACUUACUCCUCACUCGCAGUGGAACAUUCCUUAAAGAGAGAAAACAAAAGCAUGGAGGACUGUUUCAGUGCUCAAAGAAACUUUUGGCUGCCGUGCUCUUCUCUGUGCUCGAAGGAUUUGAAUGAUGGCUCCCAAGUGUUGCUUCUGCUUCUCCUUGUAAAAUCUCAGUUUAGUAUCAGGAAAGAGCCAUCCAGCUCAGUAAUUUGCCCCACUUCAAGCAAUAUUGAGAGAAGGGAAAUAGAUAGAGAUGACAUGAGGACUUACAAAAUGGAAAGAAGAAAUCAAUUUGCUAUGAGAAAGAAACAGAGGAUGAGAAAGUGGGAGCUGAAGAGCUCUCUGCAUGAUGCGAAGCUAAUGCAGUAUUUCCCUCCUUGUGCACACCAAGAGGAAAAGACACGCUAAAGUUUGGUUUAGCUCGAUCUUGGUCAUAGCAUCACAUAGUUAAUUAGAUCAUUAACAUCUCCAAUGGCUGGUGAAAGCAAGUAGGAUGAGGACCACCAGUUGAGUGGCCAUUCACGGUUAGCUAUUAGAAGCCUCAAUCUCUUUGGGCCCAGUGAAGGUCUCCAUCCUCCCAACUUUUGAGUGGUUCCAAAAGCUGAAGCGACUGUGAAAAGUAUAUGACUGCUCUUUCUACUAUGACAGUGGGGAUAUCCAAGUAAUUUUGGCACUUUCAAGGAGAGAGGAUCAUAAUAUCCAAUUCAUUCUUUUAGGAGGCAAGCAAUCCUGGUUUGACGUUAGAACAUAAGGUGGAGUCUUCUUCUCCUAGACAGAAAUUAGGAGGAAUAUACUUCAAGCAAGCUAUGGUUGAGCACCAGCCAAUUGAAUCCUGCUGCAGAGAAGAGACAAGCUUCUUUACUUGUGAAAAGGGAUUCUUUAUCUCAUGGCUGCUGCAUGUGGAGGGACGCAGCAUAGAAGAACACAAGAAAAGGAAUGGCCACGAAACUUUUGAGCCUGGAGAUCAUGGAAAAGCUACAGUAGAGCGGGCAGGGUGGAGCUGAACCGUGGAGUCGUCCCACAAAAAAGGUGGCUGGUGGCGUUUGCCAUUUGCGCAGGGCUCACGGAUUGCACCACGCGAUCUAUGGGCACUGCCGUCCUUGGGGUGUGUGGUGCACCGCCGAUCAUCAUCAUUGGCUCUGAGGACAUCGCCACAGCUCUCCACCAUACUCCACUGCAAAAGAUUUGAUUCCUGGUCCUCUCCUUCCUGCCUCCUUCACUGGGCAAAUCCAAGCCACCCGAGCAAGGACUUUGGUCAGCCGGAGUAACAAGUGGAGUCGCAGUUUCAGGGGGCCACCAACAAUCUCAUCAGUGACACCACAUUCCCUCACAUUGGAUGAUCAUGCGGGUGGCUCCUCCAUCUCCAUCAGUGAUAUCUGAUCUGUGUGAUUUAUUUAGAUCAUGAACACAAAAGAAGGAUCGAGCACAAGAUAAGAUUGAUAGUGGAACAGGAGAGAGGCUGCGUGUCCAACCCCGCAGUAAGAUUUCCUCACAUCAGCAGGAGCCUGUUGAUGAAGGCCACUUGUCUGUGUGCAAGCUAGAGAGAGGAAGGUGAGAUGAGACUCACAUGCAACCUGUUCUGUCAGGACUUGGGUCCCAUUAGAUUCGCAGCCAGGACCUACAGUUGUCCUGCCCCCACAGCCUUCCUAUAAAUGUAGCUUAUGCCCUCAUGGAAAGAGUGGUGAGUGAUGUAUCCUUCUGCCCUUGUCAUCACCACCAGGAGACUUCUGUUCCUAUCUGCUUUUCCAGCUCCCUUAUAGAGAGGGCGUGUUCCAUCUCGAUCCCUUCAUUGUACCGGUCCCUCGCAUAAGAGCUUGUCCAGCGGAGGACUUUGAUCAGCCAUGCAGGUAAAGAGAUCACAUGGGUUGAUCUUGGUGAAAUCCAGUCAAGAAAACACUGUUAUCAGUUCCUUUGUUUUAUUGGAUCUGAUCCUAUUCAAAUUCCAUUUUGUUUGGUCAUUUACUAGCUUCAUAUUCACUGUGGGUUCAAUUUUUUCUUCUCAUGUUCCCUCUCUGAACUAGAAGAAAUUGAAAGAAUAUUAAGUUCUUCCCUCUAUGGACUUUGCUCUGUUCUGUACCAGAGUCAAUAUCCUGUUUCUUCUUAUAGCUCUCUGUUCACCAUGCAAGUUCAUCCAGAGCCCCAUGGACUUUGGCCCCUUGAACUUCCACCAGACCACAGACACCUCGUCUUUGGACUUCGGGAGGAUCGUGUUCGACUCCCCUUCCGCCGUCCUUCGACCCCAAUCCCCAAAAGAGAUCUCACUCCUCCUCGGCUUUCUCUCUGCUUCAUCCUUCAGUAAAGUCACAGUUGCAGCAAGAGGAGCAGGCCACUCCAUCGAUGGCCAAGCUCAGGCCCUCGACGGCAUUGUCAUCGAGAUGGACUCCCUGCCCUCCGCCAUUAGCAUCCACCGUGGCCGAGAGUCCGGUUCCUCUUACGCUGAUGUCAGUGGUGGAGCUCUUUGGAUCGAGCUGCUACGUGAGAGCUUGAGGUUUGGGCUGGCUCCAAGGUCUUGGACCGAUUACCUCUACCUCAGCGUCGGUGGGACUCUCUCUAAUGGCGGCAUCAGUGGCCAGACCUUCAAGCACGGACCUCAGAUCAGCAAUGUCUUGCAGCUCGAUGUGGUGACAGGUAAAGGAGAGCAAGUAACAUGCUCGCCCACUGAAAGCUCGGAGCUGUUCUUUGCGGCUCUGGGUGGGUUGGGCCAGUUCGGCAUCAUAACGAGAGCAAGGAUCCUGCUCCAGGAUGCUCCUCCGAAGGUGAAGUGGGUCAGAGCCUUUUAUGACGACUUCGAGACCUUCACCGAGGACCAAGAACUGUUGGUUGCAAUGCCAGAUGCAGUGGACUAUGUCGAGGGAUUCAUCCUCCUAAACGAGCAGUCCCUCCACAGCUCAUCCGUCGCCUUUCCAUCUCAUCUGGAGUUCACCCCGGAGUUCGACAGCAACGGCAGCAACUACAGAGUGUACCACUGCAUCGAGUUUGCCAUCCAUGACUACCAAGUCGAGAGCACAGAUGUGGAGCGAGUCGUGACCGAGAUUUCGAGGAAGAUGAGCCAUAUACCUUCGCAUUUCUACAGUGUGGAAGUCUCCUACUUCGAUUUCCUCAACAGGGUCAGGAUGGAGGAGGUCAGCCUCAGGAGCAGAGGGCUGUGGGAGGUGGCUCACCCAUGGCUCAACAUGUUUGUGCCCAAGUCUGGGAUCAGAGAGUUCAAAGACUUGCUGCUGGAUAACAUCUCACCGACUGACUUCGAAGGCCUUGUUCUCAUUUACCCACUUCUAAGAGACAAGUGGGACGCGAACAGCUCGGCUGUGCUGCCUGACGGGGGAGGCAGAGCGGAGGAGCAGGUGAUGUACAUCGUCGGAGUGCUCCGGUCAGCCAACCCGGCCACCUGCGCAGCCCAGUGCCUCCGAGACCUCCUCCGCCGCCGCCGUCGCGUGGCAAAGGUCGCCACGGACCCCCGAAUCGGAGCGAAGCAGUACCUGGCGCGCCACCCCUCCCAGAGCCAAUGGCAGGAUCACUUCGGCCGGCACUGGGACCGGUUUGUGGCCCGCAAGGCGCAGUUCGAUCCCCUCAGCAUCCUCGCCCCCGGCCAAGGCAUAUUUCCCCGGACAUAUGCCUCUUCCUCGUAGUACCACCACAUCGAUCUCUCUACAGCACUUUCGCAUCAAAUCCACUGCAUGCACGACCGUACCAUUCCAUGAUUCUGCCUUUCAUGUUCUUUCUUUCAUGAUAUGUUAAAGAGGGGGAUGAUUUCGGAACGUAGCACAGCGAUUUGAGCGCAAGUUGGAUUUUAGUUUAUGAA